UGACCCAGCUCGCUUUAGCUCAUCCGCCGCGCCGGGGAAUGAGUGGCGGCCUGCGUUUGCCAUGCACUGCGGGGCAACCCCACCAUCAUCCUUCCUCUGAACUUCUGCCUAUCGUGGAGGAGGCCGUCGCCGUCCACCCGCCGGGGAAGGAGAACCGCGGCCUGCCGAUGCUGCACCGGUUGGUGCUCCUUUCUUCCCUUCUGGUGCUUUUGACACCGUCUGAUGGAGGUGCCAUCCUGCCUUCUUCCUGCUCCUUACACCUCUCCUCCUUCGUGCGGCCACCAGCACCAUACUCCUUCUUCCCUCGCCACCACCAUUCCUUCCAUCCAAUUUCCCAGCAGGUUCCUUCGACGCACACCACCUUACCGCCUGCUGCUUUCCUCCUUCUCCUCCUCCCCUUCUUCUUCGACCACUCUUUCUUUCAAACCACUAAAAUUGCAUGCAGCUAGUAAUUCGACGGCAACAAGGGUUCGUGUUACCAAUGUAGAGCACGCUCCUGAUGUUUCAUUCUCGUUCCUACUAAGGCGCCUCGACCAGGAGGAUGCUGCGUUGCAGGCGAGGCAGCUUCUUGCUCUUUCAGUGAAGUUGAGUGUCUGCUUCGACCAUGUCUCCGUUGCGAAUAAGCUGAUUCUUUUGCUAGCGAGGGGCUUCCUACUGGAGGAUGCACGCCAACUGUUCGUUAGAAUACCGAGGAGAAGUGUCAUGAUUUACCAUUCGUUGAUCUCUUCGUACUGCGAACGGCAGCUCUGGGACGGCGCCUUUGGUUUGUUUGUUCUAAUGGUUGCGGAUGGGUGCUUGCCGGAUAAGUCUUUGUUGCGAAUGAUUCUCAAGGCUUGCUCCUUGGUUAAGUCUCUUGAAUUGGGCAGGAUGAUCCAUGGAUACGCGAUGAGAAAGCAGUUGGACCUUAAUGUCUUUGUCUGCGGUGCCCUCGUUGAAAUGUACGCAAAAUGUGGGAGUUUGGACGGUGCGCGCAACGCUCUUAUAUGGACAAGGAAAUGCCUAUGGGGAGAUGGCCGCCGACUGAGGAAGGAAAUGUCCGACAAAGGUGCCAUCGUUUACGCUCCAUUAAUCACUUCAUACUGUAGGGAGCAGCAGUGGCUUCAAGCUCUUGGUACGUUGGCGUUGAUGGUCGCCGAUGGGUUCUUAGCAGAUAAGUUUUUGUUACCAAGCGUGCUCAAGGCCUGCUCUGAGAUUGAGUCUCUUUCCUUAGGAAUGAUGAUUCAUGGGUAUCUGAUAAGAAGGGAGUUGGAAUUCGACGUUUUCAUUGGGAAUGCUCUCAUUGACAUGUAUGUCAAAUGUGGACGCUUGAAUAGAGCAAGAAAAGCCUUUGAUGUAAUGCCUCUGAGAGAUGUUGUAUCGUGGACGGUGAUGAUUUCAGCUUAUGCGGAGGUUGGUCUUCUCGAUGAAGCCAUGCUGUGUUUUGAGUUGAUGGUAGAUGCUGGAGUGCAGGCGGACGUGAUUGCUUGGAACGCGUUGAUUGCUGGAUCUGCAAAGUUUGGCGAUCUUCACAUGGCGCUUGAGCUGUUAGAUGAAAUGAGGAUGAGUGGUCUAAGCCCUGGCGUGAGUUCCUGGAAUGGAAUUAUAUCUGGAUGUGUAUGCAAUGGUUAUGCCGAGGAUGCUCUACUAGUUUUUCGUCAGAUGCGACUAUCUGAAAAGCCUAACACCAUCACCAUCUCAAGCAUACUUGCUGCUUUAUCUGACAUGAAUUUUCUCCAGUUGGGAAAGGAAGUUCACGCCUACGCAAUCAGAUGUGCAAUGGAAACUAACGUGUUUAUAAAUGGAUCUAUCCUUGGCAUGUACCUAAAAUGUGGAAAGCGAGAGUGUGCUCAAAAGAUUUUUGAAUCCAUGUCUGACGUAUGUCCUACCGUGUGGAAUGAAAUGAUCGCCUCUUAUGCUAAUGAUGGCGACCUGGAACGGGCUCUGGAGUUUCUCAAUAGGAUGAGAAGUAGCGGUGUGGAGCCAGACGUUGUCACGUACAAUACGUUACUCGCCUCAUAUGCACGAGCAGGAGAAAAGGACCAAGCGUUCAAGAGAUUCUCAGAAAUGAUCUCAUUGGGUUUGAAGCCCAAUAUUGUCACGUUCAACGUUCUUAUCUCUGGCUUUCAGCAGUGUGGACAAACUAUUGAAGCUCUUAAACUGUUUCAGUGUAUGCAAUUGUCAUCUGAAAUUACUCCAGAUGGCUGUCUCAGUGCACAGUUGCAUACUGAUGGACAAAGCAAGUCUUUGUUUCACCAUGCUACACGCCUAGGCCUGCAGCCUGAUGCAAUUACACUUACCAGUGCUCUUGCAGCGUGUGCUGAUUUGAAAAGGCAAAUGCAAGGAAAGCAGAUCCAUGCUUAUGUCCUGAGAAAUUGGUUGGAGCAAAACGUGUUUCUUUCAAGUGCACUGGUUGACAUGUAUGCCAAAUGUCAAGACAUGAGUUCGGCCACAAAGACAUUCUGCAGGAUUGUUGACAAGAAUACUGUCUGUUGGAACUGUUUAAUUGCGGGCUGUAAUCAAAAUGCACAACCAGAGAGCUCUCUGAAACUUUUUUCUCGAAUGCUUGAGGAUGGUGUCAUGCUAAGUGCCGUUACGAUCAUAUUAUUGCUGUCCGCAUGCAGCAGUACCGUGGCAUUGAGACUUGGACGAGAAUUACAUGGUUCUGCUAUGAAGUUUGGUUUCUAUCGUGGUAGUGCUCUUGCAAGUGCACUUAUAGAUAUGUAUGCAAAAUGUGGGAGCAUAAAAGAAGCACGACAGGUAUUUGACCGUACCACUGCACGGGACGCUGCAUUGUGGAAUGUGAUGAUUUCAGGAUAUGCAAUGCAUGGGAUGGCCAGAGAUGCAGUUAACCUGUUCCAGGAAAUGGAAUCAUCAGGUGUCAAGCCGGAUCAUAUUACCUUCACCUCAGUUUUAUCAGCUUGCGGCCAUGGAGGACUGGUACAAGAAGGGUGGGCAUAUUUCACUUCCAUGGAAAAGGUUUAUGAAAUAACACCUACUCUUGAACAUUAUACUUGCAUGAUCGGGAUCUUAGGUCGUGUCGGUUUGUUAAAUGAAUCACAAGAACUCAUAAGGAAGAUGCCAUUUGAGCCAGAUGCUUGUCUUUGGAGCACGCUUUUGCAAGCCUGCCGGAUUCAUUCAAAUGUAAAAGUGGGAGAAGAAGCAGCAAGAGCUCUUUUCCAGCUAGAACCUACAAAUGCUGCGAGCUAUAUUGUUUUGGCCAACAUAUAUGCAACAGCCGGUAUGUGGGACUUGUCCAUGAAAGUAAGGAAAUGGAUGGAAAAGCAAGGGAUAACAACAGCGAAGGAAAGUAGCUGGAUAGAAAUGAAUCAGAUGACCAAGUUCUUUGAAGCUGGGGAUCCUUCGCAUCCUGAGAUGGAGGAAAUUUUGGAGACCUGGGACAAGUUGGCUGCACAAAUGGAAGAGAAUGGCUAUUUUCCUUGUGAUAUUUGUCCGGAGGAAUUGGACAUUGGUUCUUUAGAUCCCUUUUCUUGCUAUCAUACUGAAAGGUUGGCCUUGUGUUAUGGAAUCAUUACCUCUCCAAAUAGCAGGAGUCCUAUUCAUGUUGUAAAGAACUUGCGCAUGUGCAUUGACUGCCAUACAUCAACCAAAUUCAUCUCCCAAGUUAUUGGACGUGAUAUCCUCGUGAAAGAUGGGUGCUUUUAUCAUCAUUUCAGCGGUGGUAAUUGCAGCUGCAAUGAUAAGUGGUGAAUUGUGUUAGACGUGGGAUUGUCGAAUCAUUCUUUGUGACAUGACAUUUUGCUGCUACCCGAGGUGAAGCCAAAACUUUGGUUGGUUGAUCUGAUUAACGAUCAUCCAGUACCACGCCUCUAGUGAUCCUGCAAGUACCUCUUAACUUGCAGGUACCUGCAAAUAAAACCAGCGGAUUGACUUGGUUUAUCAGCCAGAGUUUUGAGCGUUUUCUCAGAAAUCUAUGGUGACGAUAUGAAGCCGGUCUUGCUAGUGCAGGGAUAUCUAUUCCACGAAGUUGUGGAAGUUAAACAAAGGUGAGGUAAGGUAGGCGGCAACUGAUAGCAUGCAACAUGCGUCAUAUGUUUCCAUUAGACAAGUACUUUGUUGGAGAAAAUUAACAGAGAUUGCUUGGUAUCUACUACGAAUUUGACAAAGAACUACAAUGACUCGAAAAAUUGCAAUGAGCAAAGGUUCACCAGUGGUACCAAGUACUGAACUGUAAGGUAUCGCAAAUGGAGCAUAUUAAAAAUAACUGCGGACUGUCAUCUAUUUUCAUGUGACAGUUGUUUGCUGACCCGAAACCAAAUAAAUUGCAGUGCUUGUGCAGUUACACACCUGCUGCUGCUGAAAAACAAAGCUAGUGAUUUCUCAUGUUCAUAUAGAGUUUCAGAAUAAAUAGCGCCUAAAAGUUGUACAGAAAGAAUAUGUUCCCAAAGCAUUGAUGCAAAUGAGGUUGAUGCAGUAGCUGCUGGAAGGUAAAGGAACACUAGCAUUGGAAGUAGCUGCAAUUACCGAUCAUGUGGAAGGCUACCAUGUUCUGUUCUGUGAUCAGCAAGGUUGAGAAUAAUGUUUAGCUGAAGUUUAUUUCUUGUGGGUGGACAGUCCUAUUACUUUUACAUUAGCAUCAGUUCGUGUAUACAGGAUGCUUUGCUUUCGGAUACAGCAAUUGGUAAGUUUGAUUGGAAGGCUUUUCAUGGGGGAGGCAGAGGCAUCAUCCUAUGUCUUUGUGAUCAGGCAAUUUUGGGCAAGGAAUAAUAUCAGAAGAUUUUAAUAUAUUGCAAAUCUCAGAAAAGUCUCUGCAUUCCACAAAAGAACUGGAUGUCACAAAAUGUGCAAUUGAGUAAUUAACACAGUUUAUUUUGGUCUAAAAAUAUGAAAUGAAUUGGAGUUGCGGAGAAGUGAAGCAUGAUAAAAGUGUCAUCUGUUUAACUGUUAGGAGGAUGGAAGCAGUGACCUCGCCUGUCCAGAGGGACUGCUUCGUCAACUAUCUUGAAUUAGAGAACUGCCGAAUCCCAGAAAACGAGCAUUCUACAAGAUUUAUAAUAAUUUUGUAUCUAUUCUCACUUUUUUUUUCCCCCUUAAACAAUGCUAAAAGUAAAGACAGUUGAACUUUUAUAGUUUCAUCAGUAAUGUUUACUUA